AUGGCCGCCGGCGAGGGCCAGCUCUAUCUCUUCGGGGGCGCCGCGCUGGCGGAAGGGCCGGGCGGAGACCACCAUGAGACCAGCGAGCUCUGGCGCUACGACACAGCCGAGGCUUUGUGGACCGUGGUCCGAGCCUCCCGGCCACCGGCACCGCGCUUAGGCCACGGUGUUGUUUGGCUGCCCGAGAACUCCUCUGUUUUGGUGUUCGGCGGCCGUACCGCGGCCUGCGUCCUCAGCGACCUCUGGCGCUGGCAAGCGGAACCCGAGACGGACUCCUGGGUGCGGCUCCACUCGACCGGCCCCGGUCCCACUGCGCGCUUCGGGCAGGCGAUGCUGCGGCACCCCACGGAAAACGCAUUUUGGCUGCAUGGCGGCGCGGGUGGCGCAGAGGGUCAUGGCCACGGCCAGGGCCUCCACGACGAUCUAUGGCUCUGCCGCAUGGGCCCUGGGCCUCUGGAGGCCCUGUGGCAGCGGAUCCAUGACGCUGGGGGCCCGAGGCCCCAGGCCCGCGCGCUUCACGCUCUGGCCUAUGGAACUGGCAACCUCUGGAUGCACGGUGGGUAUGGUGGUGAGGAUCUCGGGCGGCCCUUGGAUGACACUUGGUUCUUCAACCUGGAGGAGGGGCUUUGGUCAGAGCUGCAACCUGGUCCACCUCGUCAAGGCCACAUCGCUUUCUACGCCGGUGACGCCUUCUGGAUCUAUGGCAGCAGCGGGUCCUCCAUGGUAGCGGACAUGUUCCACUACGAUGCCUUGCGUGACAGGUGGAGCUCCGUGGCGGCGGGUGCGGGUUUCUUGCCCGCGCAGCGCACUGCGCAUGCUGCGGCCUACGCAGAAGGCACCCUUUGGUUGCACGGCGGCACUCCGGCGGACAACCGCAGCCAGAGCUUGGGAGACCUCUGGGCAUGGCAAGCAGCCUCGGGGGAUUGGCAUCUUGAGUCGGAGUACGACACGUUGGAGAUGCAGAACUUGAGGCACUUCGCCGGCGGCCUCGCCUUGAGUUCCGGGAGCUUCCUCCUCGCCCUCAUGGUGCCCUUCUGCUGCCUCCAGCUCCGGGGGCGGCGGAGGGUCCUGGGCUGUGGCCUCUGUCGGCCCCUUGGCUGGAACCCCCGCCGCUGGGCACUCUUCGCCGGCGGGGCGACUUUCACCAUGUUGGCCUGGAGCCUCGGGGUGAUGACGGCCAUGGCCUUCGCGCAAUGGCUGGCAAGCCCGGAUCGAACUGGCAUCCCGUUAAGCUUCCUCCUCGGUGCCGCAGGGUCUGCAAGCGCAGCAGCAGCCUUCGGCGCCGCGUCGGGCGUGCUGCUCUGCUUCUUCGCGUGCGCCGUGGCUCCCAGGAUGCAGGGCUCCUAUGAGCCCAUGGAAGACCCGAUGCAUCUGGCGCUUGCCUUGCUGGACGCCGACAUCAAGCUGGUCCGCCUCGAGUUCCUGCGCGAGCUGCACGAGUCCCACGGCCUGUGGCCUCGCCGACAGGAGGCCGAGAGGCUGCGAACUCGCUCCGGGCGCCCGGCGCUCCUCAGCCACUCGGAGGUGGUGAACUGGGCUAGGGCCAUGUGCGCAGACCCGAAGCAACAGCGGGUGAUUUCCUUGUCGCACAUGUGGGAAGCCACCGGGCAUCCUGAUCCCUAUGGCUUCCAACUCAGUGAGCUGGUCUGCUUGCUGGAGGAUGCCUGGAGGAGGGACUCGAGGAUGAUCCUCGGGGUGUUCAUUGACUUCAUGAGCCUCUACCAAUCCAGGCAGUCGAAGAAGCACGAAGAGAAGGCCUUUCAAGAUGCCAUGAGGAGCAUGCACCUUCUCUAUACGCACGACUGGACAUACACCGUGUGUGUGACAAGCCUGACGCCCCCGGCGUCGAAGGCUGGCCGGCGCCCCAGCCGACUCCACGUCUACUGUGAGGCUCCCCAUUCGGACGGCCCUGGCCUCCAGUGGUGUGAGCCCAGCAGUUUGAACCACAACUCUGCGGAGUAUCUGCAGCGUGGGUGGUGCCUUGCGGAGCUCCAGUGGUCCAGCCUCCGCAGCUCCAUGAAGUUCGGGCACGUCCUCGGCACGACGUCGUUCAAAAGCCAGCAUCUGCUGCAGCGUGCACCCAAGGGCCCUGCCAUGUUUCGGCGCGAGCUCGCCAAGAGCGCCUUCACCCACCGAAGCGACUUUUCCUUUCUCGCGGCGGCCCAGCAAAUGGUGUUCGAGGAGAAGGCCCGUGAUGCGCAAGCACUGGAGCUGGAAGGCCUGCCGGAGGCGGAGAUUGAGAUUCUGGCGGACUCCCUCCAGUCCUACCAGGCCUUGGAGCAGCUCCAGCUAUCCAGGUGUGCCAUCGGUGUUCAAGGAUUUGCGCUGCGCCUGACCUGGGUACAGUCACUCCGGAAGGUGGCGCUGCAAGAAUGUGCCAUUGCUGAUGCUGACCUUCCUCCCCUCCUUGAGGCUCUGACGCCCUCCUGCCCCUGGCUGAGCUUGGACCUCAGCCUGAACUUCGUGGGCGACGCAGGAGCCGCCAGCCUUUCUCGGGCACUGGCCAAGAAGCCCCGUCUUAAGGAGCUGGUCCUCAAGAACAACUGCAUCGAAGAUGCUGGCGCCACGGCUCUAUUCGAGGCAUGGGUUUCUCUGCACAACCAGGAGGCACCUGCUUCGAGCUGCUCCUCAGCCGCCCUGUUGGACAUGGCGGAGGGGGCGGUGCUCACCCGGUGGCGCAAGGACGGAUUGAUCGGGCUGGGCAAGCUGGACUUGCAGUACAACCUGUUAACCCGCAAGGGCAUCCGAGACCUGGAGGGGCGGAGUCGACAAGAGGGCUGGAGUCGACCAGGAACGACGCUGCUGGUGGCAGUGCAGAAGGAGCGGCGUGCCUUGGCAAAGGCCGGCUGGGCGGCGACGCAAGUUCAGGAAGAGCCUUCGACUCACCCUCCAAGCCCCUCCAUGCCGGAGACGGCCGACGAGGUUGGCGAAGUUCGCAGCCAGGAAGUAGUGACAGCCGACGAGGAGGCCGCCAUCCUGCACUCUGAGCCCGCGGAGGGCACCGGCGAGGUGGAAGAGGCGCCCUUCGUGCGACUUUCUAGCUUGGCUUCGUCUGGAUCUGCUCUUGCGGGCGCCCCCGUCGAGCCCGAUACCGACCUGCAGCAAAUUGACGUCAAGAUGCUUAUGGAAGAGGAGCUGCCAUUCUUCAACCCCCCCGAGGAAGAGAUGGGGUCCGACUUGGCAGGACCGCCACCACAAGGACCACCCUGCUGGGCACCCUUUGACUGCAACAAGCCCGGCGCCUGCCAGCUACAUCUCUGA